GAGCGCCAGCUUCCAGGCGGUGCUUCUAGGCCCGGAUCCUGUGGGCAGAGGGGCGGAGGCAGGGAGGGAGACUCGGCGCUCCGAGCUGCCUGGCGGGCAGCGAUGAUUCCCUCCGUGGGAUGGAAGCAGCAGCAGCAGCAACAGUAACGGCCGCUGCCCAGGGCGCCGCGCCAUGACCCCCGGGGGCUGCUGAGCUCUCCUCCCUUCUACGGGCUCUUUGGGCAAGCUGGGGGGACCUCUCCCGCCUCGCCUCCUUCCUCCCUCCUCCCCUCCUCCUGGCCAUGACCUCCGCCACGGAAGGGAAGGCACCCCCCACGCCGUCGCAGCCGGUCGACGGUGGCGGUAGGGGCGGCGGGGAAGAGAGGCACCGGAGCCCGCUAGAUCAGUUGCCACCGCCAGCCAACUCCAACAAGCCCCUGACCCCCUUCAGCAUCGAGGACAUCCUGAACAAGCCCUCCGGGCGCAAAGCCCCCUCGGCCCGCCUGGUAUUCCUGGACAAGGUGACCGCCUCCACCGGCCCCCCUCGGAACGGGAAUAGCCUUCCCGCCCCUACCUCGCCGCUCUGUGCCCUGGAGGAACUGGCCAGCAAGACCUUCAAAGGGCUGGAGGUUAACGUGCUCCAGGCAGCAGAAGGCCGUGACCCGCUGGGCGCCUUCGGACCUCGGCAGCCGUCCAAGAAGCGCCGGAAGUCCCGCACGGCCUUCACCAACCACCAGAUCUACGAGCUGGAGAAGCGCUUCCUCUACCAGAAGUACCUCUCGCCCGCCGACCGAGACCACAUCGCGGCCCAGCUGGGUCUGAGCAACGCCCAGGUCAUCACCUGGUUCCAGAACCGCCGUGCCAAGCUCAAGCGGGACCUGGAGGAGAUGAAGGCGGACGUGGAGUCCCUCAAGAAGCUGCCCCCGUCCGCGCUGGAGAAGCUGGCGAGCAUGCCGGAGCUGGAGCCCGAGCCUCAGACCGCCCGCCCUCGCGGGGGGGCCAGCCUGCCCUGCCCCUCGUCGGCCCCGGCCUCGCCCGGCGGGCCCCUCCGGGCCACGGACACGUUCUCAGACGGCGAGGAAGGGGAAGAAGAAGAGGAGGAGGAGGAGGAGAUAGACGUGGGAGACUGAGGGCGCCCCUCCGCCCCUCAUUGAACAAAGGGAGAAGCCAGAGACCCCCUAUCUCGGACCCCUCGGCUUCUCCCUCCUGAACCCUAGGGAGGGAGCCUCAGAAGGAGCGCCUCCCCAGCCACCCAAAGCCCGGAGGAGCGAAGCAUUCCCCAGCGGGAGGGACUUUCCGCACCCAGGCCAGUUCUCUCCUGGCUCCUCAUGACCUCCCCCGCCUCAAAAACCAGCCAGCCCCCUGCCGCCGCCGCCGCCGCCGCCUCCAGGUCCCAUUCAGGCCUCGGUGCCAGCUGCGCACUUUCUGCAGCCUUUCGCCCCCCCCCCAGCCCCGCUGGCCUAACCCAGGCCCUUCCGCCUCCCUCCUGGGCUCCGAUCCUUCUGCUGAGCAUCCCGCCUCCCUUCCCUUCUUCCUUCUUCGGUCCCUGGAGGAAGAGUUGGUGCAAUUUUUAAAAAGACUUAUUUUUUAUUUUCUAUCGUCGUUUGGUCUCGGUGCUCGUGAUCGUCUGUCUCAGCGUGUUUGUGUUUUUUUGCUUUCCCUCCCGGGAGACCGGCGCCCGGCGCUCAUGCCAUCGGGACAUAUGGAGAGGAACGGGCGACCAGGACCGCUUCUCCCGACCGCACAUCCCUCAGGCGGGAGGUGCCGUUCCAGGAGCACGGGCGAGGGAGGGGCUCCAGCAGGCCCCGGCUUGGCUCCGUGGCCCUCUCCCCAGCUCCCAGGGCUUCCCGGCCUCCGCUGGACGCCAACCCGUCUCUCCCUCUCCGCGGGUCUCCUCGUCCCGAGAGGAGGGUGGACUGUUCGUCUUCGUGGUGGGGGUCUCUCCGCCUCAGUCUCCCCUU